AUGAACGAAAUUGAGAAAGAUACUUCUGACAAGCAACAAGAAUAUGUUAUCAAUGAUCCUGAUGAUUGUAUCACUAUUGUGUAUACGAGUGGAAGUUCUGGCUUUCCUAAAGGAGCAAUGAUAUCUGAAAAUGUCUUCCGAAUGACUUAUCCAAUACGAAGUGUAUCGUCUAAUGUAGAGCAUGUGAAAUUUUGUUAUCGACCAUUAGCAUGGAUAACUGAGCGUAAAUCAGCCAUUGCAGCAUUUCUCGAUGGUGGAUGUACUGGAUUCUCAACUGGAAAAAUCACUCAACUUAUGAAAGAACUUACUUUAGUCGCACCUACAUCUUUCUCUGCGCCGCCAACAUUUUGGAACAAUAUUUAUUCUGAGUUUAAUACAACUCUUUCAUUAACAACUACGACAGAUGAAGAAACUCUUCUAGAAUAUUUUUCAAAAUUGAUUCCUAAACGAUGUAGAGUUCUCUCUAUUGGUGGUGCAAUGACAAGUCCAUUAGUAGUCAAUUUUAUGCGACGAUGCUUUCAACAUUGUAAAGUUGUUGAAGCAUAUGGAACUACAGAAUGUGGCAGAAUAGCUUUCAAUUAUAAAUUUCUUGAGACAGUAAUUGAUUAUCGUCUCGAACAAGUAACAGAAAUGGGUUAUACACCACAUGAUAAACCGUUUCCACGUGGAGAACUUGUGAUUAAAACAACCCAAAUGUUUUCUGGAUAUGUAAAUAAUCCGGAAGAGACAAAACUAGCACUCACUGAAGACGGAUUCUUUCGUACGGGAGAUAUUGUCGAACUACGUUGCAACGACGAUGGAACAUCAAAUAUUCAUGUGAUUGAUCGUAAAAAAAAUUUCUUCAAACUUGCUCAAGGACAAUUUGUAUCGCCCGAAUUUCUUGAAGGUAUUUAUAUUCAAAGUUUAUUCAUUGAGCAAAUCUAUAUUUAUGGCGAUGGUCUCAAAAAUUGCGUUCAGGCAGUUGUUGUACCUAACAAAGAACAUAUUGAGAACUGUUUUGCUAAAGACAUUAUAGAACAAAUUUGUUCGAAUAAUCCAGACAGACGACUUUACGAUGCAAUUAUGACGGAUUUACAUACAAUAGCCAUCAAAGAAUCACUUCGAAAGCACGAAAUUCCAUCUAAAAUAAUCAUUGAUUUUGAACCGUUUACAACUGAAAAUGGACUUCUUACAGUGUCGAUGAAGCCUUGUCGGCGUAAGUUAGCUGCGUAUUAUGCUGACCGAUUAAAAGAUAACAAUUCUAUUGAUAAUCAAUUGAAAAUUAUUGUUGAAAGAGCACUUGGAAAACAGAUGCCAUUCAAUGAAGAUGAUCAAUUUUUUCUGGUAACAGGUGGAGACUCAUUGACAGGCUUGCGUCUAUCUCAUAUGAUACGCAAUGAUUUGGGAGUAUCCAUACCACUCAAUGUUCUAUAUGAAUCUAAUAUGACUUUGCAGCGACUUGUCAAUAUCAUCAAAGAUCCUUUGCAAAUGUCUUGUUCUUCAGAAUCAAUCAAGUCACGAUUAUUGCACGAUUCUGAGCUUGAAUUGAACAUAACAAAUAAAAAACAGAAAAAUAUUAACUAUUCUCCGUCGAUGAUUUUUAUCACCGGAACAACUGGAUUUGUUGGUGCUUUUCUAUUAGCUGAAAUGCUAAAAGUGUAUCCUUCUACUUGCAAGUUUGCAUGUCUUGUGAGAUGUCAACCUUUCAUCAAUCCAUUUGAUCGUAUUAGAGAAAGUAUGAUGUUUUUUCAAUUAUGGAAUGAGAAUUUUCGAGAACAAAUCAUUGCUCUUCGAGGUGAUCUUGCCAAGGGUCAUUUUGGAUUCGAUGAUGUAACAUAUGAAAAUCUCGCUUCUAAGAUCGAUAUGAUUGUUCAUUGUGGUGCUAUUGUCAACUUUGUACUUCCAUAUAGCACACAAUACAGUAUAAAUGUUCAUGGUACUCUGGAAGUGAUUCGUUUUGCUGCUCAUUCUGCCGCAUAUAUACCAAUAGCAUAUAUUUCGACACUGAGUGUACUACCUCCUGGAAUACGACAUGAGACACCUAUUGAUCAUAUUCAUCCUGAUCAUUUGAAGAAUGGCUAUGCGCAAAGUAAAUGGGUAGCCGAAAAACUCAUUGCCAAGGCCAGUCGUUUUGGUCUACCAAUUGUUAUCUAUAGGCUGGGAUCCAUCGGUCCUAGUACUGAAACAGGUGCUUGUAAUCCACAUGAUGUUAACACUUUAUUCGUUAGCACAAUUAUGAAGCUACGACAUUGUCCUUUGACAAUGAUUAACAUGAAGUUAAACCAAUUACCUGUCAAUUUUGCUGCUCAAAAUAUUAUUCAUCUAAAUCGAAUUGCAACUGAUACUUGUGGAAAUAUUUAUCAUAUUGUGAAUGAAAAUGGUGGAAUAUCGUUUGAAGACGUUCUUCAAGGUAUUCGUAAUUGCGAUAUUCCAAUUGAUACUAUUUCUGAUAAUGAAUGGCGAGCCAAACUCAUGUCAGAAUCAAAGCAAAAUGAUUUACUCGAUUUGAUUGGAGAACUCUUCUUACAUAACUCGUUCAAACCAGAAAAUACAAUAACUGUGCAAAAAGAUUCAAAUGAAGCUUCUCAAUUGAAUUCUUUAUCUCUUGACAAUGAUUAUAUUAGGAAAUGGCUAAUAUUUAUUUUAGGUAGCAUUAUUUCUUCAUAA